ACCCAUCGGGAUACCGCUGCUUGAGUCUGUCGAGAAGGAAGAUUCAUUAUUAUUAUUAUUAUUAUCGUUAUUAUUAUUGUUGUUCUUGAUAUUUAUUGGGGUUUUGAGUUGUGCGCUGCUGCCGGGGCUGUCGCGGAAGAUGGAGGCGGGCAGAAGGAGAGGGCUGAGCGGGAUCGUCUCCUCCUUAUCCCUGCUCUGCGUUAUUUUGGACCUGCAGUUGGACGGGCUGCUGGGUGCCAGCCACGCUGAGAUCGAGCAGCACCUGGAGAUGGGACGAAAGCUCCUGGCGGCGGGACAGCUGGCCGAGGCUCUGUCUCACUAUCACUCCGCCGUGGAAGGAGAUCCGAGGAACUAUCUGACCUAUUACAAGCGCGCCGCGGUGUAUCUCGCGCUGGGCAAGUCCAAAUCCGCCCUCCCUGACCUCACCAGGGCCAUCCAAUUAAAACCAGACUUUUUAGCAGCCAGGCUGCAGAGGGGAAACAUCCUGCUGAAACAGGGCAAUGCACAGGAGGCCAGAGAGGACUUCGAAGCCGUGCUCCUCGGUAACCCUGGCAACGAGGAGGCGCGGUCCCAGCUGGUCCUCACAGAGGAGCUGGCGAGGCUGAGUGAAGAUGCACAGGCAGCCUACAGACAAAGAGACUACCAGGGCACUGUCACUGUCCUGGAGAGAGUGAUUGAGCUGUCUCCCUGGGACCCCGAUGCGAGGGAGCUGCGUGCUGCCUGCUUUGUCGAGCUGGGGGAGCCCCGCAAAGCCAUCCAGGACCUGAGCCCUGCCACCAAGCUCCGCAACGACAACAGAGCUGCCUUGCUGCAGCUGAGCCUCCUGCACUACAGGCUGGGAGAGCACUCGGACUCCCUCAGCCAGGUGCGCGAGUGUCUGAAGCUAGACCAGGAUGACCAGGAGUGUUUCUCUCAUUACAAGCAAGUGAAGAAGCUCUCCAAGCAACUGGAGUCCGCAGAGCACAGCAUCAGCGAGCAGAGGUUCCACGACCAAGGUCUAGCCUACGAGGCCGCGAUGAAGACGGAGCCCAACGUGCAGUUUUACACAACCAGAGCCAAAGAGAGGAUAUGCCACUGUCUGUCCAGGAGUAAGAGAGCGAGAGAGGCCAUCGACUCGUGCUCAGAGGCUCAUCAGAGAGACCCUCGAAACGGCUUCAUCCUCCGAGACAGAGCGGAGGCCUACAUCCUGAACCAGGAGUACGAGAAGGCUGUGGAAGACUAUCUGGAAGCCCGGGAAUUCGACGCGGAGAAUCAGGAAAUCAAAGAGGGGCUGGAGCGCGCCCAGAAACUCCUCAAACAAUCCCGGAAGAGAGAUUACUACAAAAUCCUCGGGGUGCCCAGAAAUGCAAACAAGCAGGAGAUUACCAAGGCAUACAGGAAGCUGGCUCAGCAGUGGCACCCGGACAACUUCCAGUCCGAGGAGCAGAAGAAGGAAGCGGAGAAGAGGUUCAUCGACAUUGCCUCUGCCAAGGAGGUCCUGACAGACCCGGAAAUGCGACAGAAGUUCGACGCGGGCGAGGACCCCCUGGACCCCGAAAGCCAGCAGGGAGGAGGAGGAGGAGGAGGAGGGAGCCCCAACAGCUGGCCUUUCGAGUUUAACCCCUUCGGUUCUGGAAACUUUCACUUCAAGUUUAAUUACAACUGACAGUGAAGCGGGGGUCGCGUGCAGCCGGCCGAGGGCGCUGCGAUGGAAAGAGCGAACCGCCAGCCAGCUGAAAUCUCACUUCCUGAUCAGAAACAACAACAAAAAAUAACUCUGGGUUUUGCUUUGCUGUAAUGGUUUGCCUGGGGAGGGUGGGGGGUACACGAAGAAUCUUUCUCCUUUUUUUUUUGUCUUGUUCUCUUUCUUCUGUCUGUGGUGUUCAUUUUUGAAUUAAUAUUCUCCUCCGUAAAUAUUAAAACACUCCGACUGCACCCAAUUUAGAAAUAUUUAAAAAAAAAAAAAAAAACACACACACACACUGUCUGAAUUAAUUGUAUUUUCAAAGAUUUGAAGACCGCUGAACGAAUUCUCGUCAAACUGUUUAAUUGAAUGUUAUCAAGCUGCUUCAAAUUACACACCCUUCAGCUGGAAUUAUUUUCCAUCUAGCACAUUU